AUGGAGAAUUAUGAGUUUGUUUUCAUGUUGCACUUGAUGAAGAUGAUAUUGGGAAUGACACAUGAGUUGUCACUUGUGUUACAACAAAAGGAUCAAAAUAUUGUCCAAGCCAUAAGUUUGAUUGAAAGUGUGAAAGGUCAAUUUCAAAUAUUUAGGGAAGAAGGAUGGCAUAUAAUUAUAGAUAAAGUCAACACAUUUUGUGAGUUGAAUGAUAUCCCAGUGCCGGAGAUGAAAGGCAAUUGUUUGAUUGGUGGUCGUAGUAGACGUAGAAAGCAAGUCAUCACCAAUUUGCAUUAUUAUCGUGUGGAGAUUUUCUAUCAGGUUGUUGAUUUAGUUAUAGAAGAGAUGAAUACUCGUUUUUCAGAAGUUAGCACAGAAUUGCUUAGUUGUAUAGCAUGUCUUCAUCCAAGGAAUUCUUUUUCUGAAUUCAAUGUUCAGAAACUCGUUCGACUUUGUGAUUUAUAUCCUGAGGGCUUCUCAACAAAUGAUUGUAUAGUUAUUGAACAACAACUUCAGAAUUUCAUUCAUAAUAUACGACAGGAUCCAAAUUUUUCUAGAAUUGAAGAUUUGGGAAGUUUUGCUCAGAAAAUUGUUGAAACUCUAAAAAAUCAAGCUUAUCCAUUGGUUUAUCGUCUAAUUGAGAUGACAUUAGUUUUACCAGUUGCGACCGCUUCUGUUGAAAGAGUAUUUUCUGCAAUGAAGAUGAUAAAGACUGAUUUACGUAAUAGAAUGGGAGACGAGUGGAUGAAUGAUAGUCUAGUCGUAUACAUCGAGAAAGAUAUCUUUUCAACAAUUGAAAAUGAGAAAUAUUGCAGCGUUUUCAAAAGAUGA